GUUAUUUACUGUAUUUUGAAUACCACUGUAAUUGCAGAAAUUGUAAAAAAAAAAAAAAAACAUACUUGUUCACAUUCUGGUAAGCUUCUGACAUCAAUAAACUUUUUUUUUUUUAAAUAUUGAAGUGGUAUGGGACUCCACCUAUAUGUGAAAAGGCAUAAUGGGCACCUAGGACUUAUUGGUGACUAAUUUACAGAACUAUCAAAUGAUUAACUGAAAUAUAUUUUCAUGAACUAAUUGAUGAAUGAUGCAAUGAUUCUCAUUUUUAACUUAUACCUGUUUAAAUAAUUAAGAUCUAAUAUUGCAAGUGAAUUUAACGUUUUAUGGGUUUACCAUGUUUCUAAGUAAUGUCUAGUUUUGUUAAUAUAAAAGAUGAUGUAAGAUCUAAGUUAUCUGAAUUAUUAACAUUUAUAUUUUUGCAUAAGAGCAGCAUUUGCCCACAGAAUUGUUUUGAUCACACAAGACAAAAUUAAUCAAAGAUGAAUCCUCUUCAUAUCACGUCUUUUUUGUGUUUUAUUUUUUAACUGCCCUGUUAACCCUUAAUUUAUAGGGUAAAUAACUGUAAAAUAACCAGUAAAUUAUUAUCAUCAUACAGUAUUUAACUGUAAUAUGCAUUGCCUCAUGGGUGAUUUCUGUGACAUCACUCAUUAAUAACAAUAAAUUACUUUUUUAUCUAAUUAAUAUAGUAAGUUAUGGAGUACACACAAAUACAACUGCAGGUAAGCAUAACGAUGAAACGCCCCGCGCACCUGUCUGAGGGAAAGCUGCAUUUGAGCAGAGCAGAGUCCCACAGAAUCCGAGUGGAAAACAUCAAAUUAAAGUUCACUUGAUCCUGUUGGCCCUGCACUGACUGACGACGACUUCUCCUUCAUUCCCAAUGUGCUCUAAGUCCUUGUGUUGGCGUAGUGACUCGCCUCAAUCUGGGUGGUGGAGGACGAAUCUCAGUUGCCUUUGCGUCUGAGACUGUCAGUCUGCACAUCUUAACAUGUGGCUUGUUGAGCGCGCUACUGUGGAGACAUAGCGUGUGUGGAGGCUUCAUGAUAUUUUCCACGCACAACUCACCAUGCACCCCACCAAGAGUGAGAACCACAUUAUAGCGACCACGGGGAGGUUACCCCAUGUGACUCUACCCUCCCUAGCAACCGGGCCAAUUUGGUUGCUUAGGAGACCUGGCUGGAGUCACUCAGCACGCCUUGAAUUCGAACUCACGACUCCACGGCUGGUAGUCAGCGCCUUUACUUUCUGAGCUACCCAGGCACCCCUGGUGAACUAUACCUUUAAUGUUUAUGUCAUAAUCCAGUUCCCUUAUUCUUGUCCUGCUCCAAUAAAAAAUAAUAAUAAUUAAAAAAACUUGUUUUUUUAUUAUUAAUAAAUUGUCUAUAAUAAUAACAAUAAAAUAUAAAAAAUAAUAAUGUAAGGGAUAUUUACAGCUAGUUACUGUACAAUCUAUAUUUUUACAGUAAUAUACCUCAACUACCAAUUACAGUAAUCAGUAAAUUACUAUGCACAACAAUUGCAGUAGCUUACCAUUAUCAGGUUUUUACAGUAACUAACUGGCAACAGUGUUGCCAGUAUGUUACUGUAGAAAAACCACGGUACGGUCUAACAGUGUGGUUAGGUCCAUUCCAUCAUAAUCAUUGCUUUAUGUUUUUAGUUAAAAAAAAAAAAAAAAAAGAGAGAUUUGAAUAUAUGCUUACAGUACACCAGAGAAUCAGGUAUACAGCGCCGCCACGUGUUUUUAAUGGUACUGUCGUGUGUGGCGGGAUGUUUUUAUACAGGCCAAAUGAGGCUGCCAUCAGACUAUUAUCCACCUUUUUCCUGAACACGGAAGUGUUCCACGAUUCGACUGUUUUCAAUUUCCGGUCUCUAUUGUUUUCACUCGCAUCGGCAUAUAUACAUUAGUGGGUAAUGUAAUGUUUAAGGUGUUACAUUUGUAAAAAAUUGUCAAAAAUCAUGCAGAUACUUCACAGAGUCAAGAUGACUGUUUUUAAUAGAUAGUGUCUCACCGGAGUGUGUAGAUGUCAUGAAGCCAUGGUCCGAGGUUAGUUAUGUUGAUCUCAUUAAUUAUUCUGAGUUGUUAGGACAGCCAAGAACUGCACAAGUUGAGCCUAAAUUUAAUUUUUACUCCAAGUAAAACUUAAAUGCUUGUUGUUCUCCUGAUCGCUCAUUUAGGCAGUUUUUACUUGGCGCCUCGAGACCAGAAACAGAAAACAGGAAACUAGAAUCAUCAUGGUGCCGCCCAGUGGUUGCUCAGGAAAACUGUGGAUAGAGAUAAACAUCUCUUCAUUCCAGUGACAUGAUUUUCAUACCUUUCUUUUGGGGCUUGUAUUUACAAGUAUUGAUACAGAAGGAUGUAAACACACACAUUUGUUUGAUGUGAUUUUUAAAUGUUGGAAAGUGGGACAGCAGUUUCCAUUGGCCCCAAAGAUUAAAGAGUGGUGAUUUUUAAAGCAUAUUUUAUUAUUUUUAUUAUUAGUAUUCCAUUUUUACUGUAAUUUAAAAUUACUUUGUUUUUACAGUAAUGACAUUCUAAUGAGAAUCACCAUUGAGAAUAAUGGGAAUUACUAAAGAACUCAAAAGUUCCGCCCCAACACAUGCGCUCAUUCAUCACUCAGCGUCUGUCCGCGGCCAUGGCAACAUCACUGGGUAACAGACUGUGGACCAGCCGAAUGUAAACGCGCCAAUAGUAAACACUCAUGGACUUCCUUAAAUCAACAACAACAAUCAAACAAGCAUUUCUGAUGACGCUGUAAACUCAGGCUGCAUUGAAGUGCUGAAAGAUCAUUCUGUUAAGAUUCCUUUCUCAUCAUGAAUUUGAAGGAGAUUUGCGACAAUGCUAAGAAAGGAAGAGAAUAUGCAUUAUUGGGGAACUAUGACUCAUCCAUGGUUUACUAUCAAGGUGUUAUACAACAGAUUCAUAAGCACUGCCAGUCCCUCAGAGAUCCUGCCCUCAAAGUCAAAUGGCAGCAAGUUCGGCAGGAGCUGGCAGAGGAAUAUGAGCAGGUGAAAAGCAUCGUAAACACCCUGGAGAGUUUCAAGGUGGACAAAUCGGUUGAUUUCCCCAACCCUCAGCCUGAAGAGAGCCCAAGGGACCCUGAUGUCUGGCCUCCCCCGACCCCAGCUGAGCGCAGAGCACCUGCCCAGAUGAAGAAGCCAAUCCCUUUCUCAAAGCCCCAGAGGAAAGACUCACCUGGAAUGCAGCAUCGUGGACCUGUGGGGAGGGGUCAGCCAAACGUCAAAUCAGAUAGGCCGAACACCCGUGAUGGACGUGGAAAUAAAGCUAAAGAUGAAAAAAGUAAGAAGAAUGCCCAAGAAGGUGCUGGUGAUGGGGAACAGAGGAAGUUUGAUGGCACAGGCUAUGACAUUGAUCUGGUGGACGCGCUUGAGAGGGAUAUCGUGUCCAGGAAUCCCAAUAUUCACUGGGAUGACAUAGCAGAUUUGGAAGAUGCCAAGAAGCUGCUGAGAGAGGCUGUGGUCCUGCCUAUGUGGAUGCCAGACUUCUUUAAGGGGAUCCGCCGCCCAUGGAAGGGGGUGCUGAUGGUGGGGCCUCCAGGCACAGGUAAGACCAUGUUGGCCAAAGCCGUUGCCACCGAAUGUGGCACAACCUUCUUCAAUGUGUCGUCCUCCACACUCACCUCAAAGUACAGAGGAGAAUCUGAGAAACUAGUGCGGCUGCUCUUUGAAAUGGCUCGUUUUUAUGCCCCCACAACAAUAUUUAUUGAUGAGAUUGACUCUAUUUGUGGGAGGCGGGGCACAUCAGAUGAACAUGAAGCCAGUCGCAGAGUGAAAUCAGAAUUACUGGUGCAGAUGGACGGAGUAGGAGGUGCUCAAGAGAGUGAUGAUCCCUCAAAAAUGGUAAUGGUCCUGGCUGCCACAAACUUCCCCUGGGACAUUGAUGAGGCUCUAAGGAGAAGACUGGAAAAGAGAAUCUACAUUCCACUACCCACUGCUAAAGGACGGGCAGAACUGUUAAAGAUCAACCUAAGGGAAGUUGACGUGGCUCCUGAUGUGGAUCUCACCCUCAUUGCUGAAAAAAUCGAGGGUUAUUCAGGAGCUGACAUCACCAACGUCUGCAGAGAUGCAUCAAUGAUGGCGAUGAGACGGAGGAUCCAGGGUCUCACUCCAGAGGAGAUCAGGGCUCUUUCUAAAGAUGAGCUGCAGAUGCCAGUCACCAUGGAGGACUUUGAGCUUGCACUCAAAAAGAUCUCAAAAUCUGUCUCUGCUGCUGACCUGGAGAAAUACGAGUCCUGGAUGUCUGAGUUUGGAUCUGUUUGAAGAGAAACAACACUAUGUGAAUGUAGAAAAACUCACAAUUAAAAUGCUACACUGUGGACCGAUACUUGAAAAAGACAUGGGUUUAUGUCUCAAGACAUUUUAAUAUAUAAAGAUGCUACUAAAAACUGUAGUCAAACCAGUGUCCUGCUGUGUUUGGUUUUUGGUUAGAAGCAGAGUUGCACCUUGAAAUGUCAAAAAUGCACUACCUGUCUGGCACCAUACACUGGUUCUGUCUGUGGUAUGACACUGAGUCACCUUUAUUCGUUAUUUCUAGCACCUCAGUUUCAAGUUAUUUCUAAUUUGGUUUUCUGUUAACACAAAUGGAAUGAGUUGCUUAUAACGUAUUUGAGAGUCAGAGCUGUGAAAACGAUACUUGACAAGGGAGAACAGCAUUAUCCUGGUAUUGUACUGUACGUUUUUUAAUGUUGGAUAGUGUGUAGAGACUCAUGUUCUGUGUUGUUUUAUUCAUUUUACUUAUGAUAUUGCAUGACAUUUGCAGUCAUCAUAAUAAAAUAAACAUCCAUUCUCUUCCUGUUCAAUGUUGUUGUGCAAGGCCAGAAACCGUAAGGUUAAAGUCAACAUGAAAGGGCAUUCACAAUCCAUUUUACUUCUGUAAUAUGUCAGAGUGAAACUGGGUAAUGAGGAAAAAAAUUUAGAGGAGGACUAUAUCUAUUGGGAUUUGAUUGGAUCAUGAAAUGUUGGUGUUACAUACCGGGAUGGUGCCAUGUGGUUGGAAGGAAGUAGUUGAAAAAUAAGAGGGCAUGGUGACAUCAGCCGAAAAGGAAAGUAGUUUCAGAGGUGAACUAAUUAUCACAUUUUGAAGAAAAACUACAAAGUCAAACAUUUUUUUCUUAGGAAUCACAUCAUCUAUAAUAAGACAAGGAACAUGUGUUAAUAAUUAAUGUUAUGAAUGGGGUUAAUUUUGUUUUUGUGUUUACUUUAAGCUUUAACUUUUAUUAGUACUUCAUACAUUGCGGAUGUGGUAUAUUUACAUUUUGUAUGAUACCUUAAUUAUUGAAUAACACUAUGGCAUGACGGUUAUUAAAUAUGAACCAGUUAUUAAUAUAGUGACCAGAUCUGGAAACAUGAUGGGUAAUGAAGUUGUUCUCUUGUUCUGUACAACGACAGAAAAGUGUGACUCAGUCUUCAGGGGGAGAAUGGAGAGAAAGGAUGAUUCUGUUAUUAUGGGUUAUGUACUGCGAGUGCGUGAGUGUGCGCUGUGUGUGGAGUUGGCCUUUAAAAGCCAUGCUUAGUGAUUUAUCUUUUUCUGAAUAUCUAGUUCUGAGUUAAUACAGCUACUGUUACAAUGAGUUGUCAGCCUAAAGGAAGAAGUCGGUGCAUGAUUGUUUCAAAAUGAUUAACUCUCAAAAGUUCAAUUGAAAGUUAUCAUCAUUCAUCACAGCAAGAAAAAGUGUGAACAUCUUUCUAAUGCUCAAAUAUCCCUCAUCCAUCUACUUAGACUGAGAGUAUAUUGUCUUGUUAUGAUCACAUUAUUUAUCAAACCAAACACAGAGUCGGUGUGAACCCAGAUGGAUGUGGCACAGCGAGUGUAACCAAAGAGAGUGUGAAUGAAUCAUAUACAUGGACAACAGUCCGACCGGCUGACCAGAGGGCCGGUGAUGACAUGGCGUGGGACUUAACCGUCAAGUAGAGAUCAGGGAGAUUGGGAAGGACUUGUCCUGUAGCGUGGCUCUAUAAAGGCCACUAGACAGACGGCUACUACACAGCCCAGCUGCUCAUGAGUGUUUAUCUCAACUGAGCAUGCUGUUCAUAUAAAAAAUUACAUUUGGUCAAAAAAAUAAAACAAUGCACUACAAAUAUGUCAUACACAGAGAAUUCAUAUCCUCAGCAUAUCUCAUCAAAACCUUAAUUAUAUUAGGCUGAAUCUCACAAAACCUGUCAAGAUGAUGUCUGGCUACUUUUUUUGGCUAAAUUAAAUGUGAGAAAUAAGAAGUUAUAUAUUGCUUAAAGAAAAUGAAACCUAUUUUUAGGACAAAUAAGAUUUUUUAUUUUUGCCAUUUUUGGGCAAAAAAAAAAAAAAAAAAAAAAACAUUUUCUCCACAAUUCUCAUGUCUGUAAUGCAAAACAAAAAAAACAAACAAAAAAAAAACAAUGGCUUAUUAUAUUACCUGUAAAGUAUUUAAACUUCAUGGAGUUGCCCUGCAUUUAAUUUAUGCAAUUUUUUUAUUUUUAUUGUAAUUAUAUAAUUUUAACGAAAUUAUUUUUGUUUAAUUUAAUUAAAUUUUUAGGGUAAAAUCUGACCUGGACAUAUAGACAUCAUAUUGUGAGAUACA